UCACUCAUUUUUGCCACAUAAAGCAACAGUGGCAGAACCCUUACAUCGUCUUUUGGAUAAAAAUGCAACUUGGAGGUGGGACAAACAGUGUGAGAAGGCUUUUUCUACACUUAAGGAACUUAUUGGGUCAGACGACGUACUAGUGCAUUAUGAUGGUUCAUUGCCACUAGUGCUAGCUUGUGAUGCGUCACCAUAUGGACUCGGUGCAGUUUUAAGUCACAAAAUGCCGAAUGGAGCGGAGAAACCCAUCGCUUUUUACUCCCGUACCUUAUCCAAAGCUGAGCGAAAUUAUGCUCAGAUUGAUCGAGAAGCUAUUGCCUUGGUAGCAGGAGUAAAGAAGUUCCACAACUACGUCUACGGUCGUACUUUCACACUAAUCACCGAUCAUCGACCUCUGUUGGGUAUUUUUACCACAUCGAAAGCAAUCCCAAACAUUAUUUCAAAUCAGAUGCUACGUCGAUCUUUGUUCCUGUCAGCAUAUACUUUCGAGCUAGUACACCGCUCUGGAUUAAAAAUGGGCAAUGCGGAUUUUCUAAGUCGUUGUCCACUGUCAGCAGCAUCGGACGCUGUUAGCACCGACGAUGUGCUUAUGAUCGAAUUAGCAGCAACGCCAAUCAUAAGUGCUGAGGCGAUUGCCGCUCAAACAUCGAAGGACCCCUUAUUGGCGAAAGUAUCAAACUGGGUGUUAAGGGGAUGGCCUGACAUGAAAUUGGAGCAAUCAGAUAUAGCAUAUCCAUACUAUUGCCGUCGGGAACAGCUCUCUACAAAUAAAGGAGUUUUGAUUUGGGGAAAUCGCGCCGUAGUUCCACCGAAAUCCAGAGCAACAAUUUUAGCUGCUCUACAUGCUGCUCAUCCAGGCAUUGUAAAAAUGAAGGCGUUAGCGCGUAGCUAUGUUUGGUGGCCAAACAUUGACGCUGAGAUUGAGCUUAUUGUUAAGAAAUGUAUUCCAUGCCAGCAGAAUCGUAACGAUCAUUCAGAGGCACCGGUGCAUCAUUGGGAGUCAGCCAAGCGGCCGUGGUCCCGUCUACACAUCGACUUUGCAGGACCUUUUCAAGGAAAAACCUUUCUUCUGGUCGUGGAUUCUUACUCAAAAUGGCUAGAGGUUGCGGUUGUUAGCUACACUUCUACAGCGGCUACAAUCAAAGUUCUCAGGCAACUGUUUGCUACGCAUGGGUUACCAGAUCAGUUAGUGUCAGACAAUGGCACAGCAUUUACCUCCGAAGAGUUCAAGGCAUUCCUCCACAAUAAUCUGAUUCGACACAUUACAUCAGCACCGUUUCACCCAGCAACAAACGGCCAAGCAGAGCGCAUGGUGCAGACCACCAAAAACUACCUUAAAAAACUAUCUCCGAACAAUAAUAUGGAUCUAAGCCUUGCUCGAUUUUUGUUUAAUCAACACAUAACUCCACAUGCAACGACAAAUCGAUCGCCAGCACAGCUAUUGUUAAAUCGGGAGUUAAAGUCCUACUUUGAUAAACUACAGCCACAAGAAAUUUCUAAUGGAGCAGAGCCAUUUAUUAAUCAAUCGAAAUGUUUUGAUACAGGCAAAUCCGUUUGGGUACGAAACUAUGCACCGGGUCCAAAAUGGAUAGAAGCCUACAUAUCCGAGCAAACAGGACCAGUGUCUUACAAAGUUCGUUUGACAGACAAUCGCAUCAUAAAGCGUCAUUAUAACCAAAUUCGAAGCCGAGUUGAACAAACAGAUGUAAACAUAUCACAUCACGCACCAUCAGAAACUAAUGACAACACGGAAGAUCCUGCUUCCAGUAACCACUCUAGGCCAGAGAGUCCUAUUCAAGAUGAUCCACAGUCAUUGCAUGCCUCAUCGAUGCCACGACGUUCUGCUCGCAUGAGACGACCCACUCAAUUCUAUGAGUCAUCUGGGUGUUAA